GAUGGAGCCACUGCAGCUGCAUAUCACUGGGCGGAGAUGUCUCAGGUCCGACUGGGACCCGGGCUCCCGCAGACCCGGGCUGGAGCCACAGAAAGCUGGAAUUUAACCUCGAGCAUGCGGAGCUGCUUGUCAGAGAAGCUGUGGGAGUAAACUGCCUCUUACCAGUCCUUGUUGAUGACAACAAGGCUGAACCUGGGCAGUGAGUGCAUAACAGCCAACCCUGUGGCUUCUGGCCAGACCUUUUGUCUGCCUCUUCGCCCUGCAGGGCCCUGUUGCCUGUCUGGGAGGGAGCCUGGUGAAUGGUGGGCCCAGCUCAGUGCAGAGUGGCAGCUAUUUCAAUGCAAAAAGCUUUUCUCUUUUAGGAAAAGAAUGUCAGGCACCAGCCAGCACUGGGGGUGAUGCUGGAUUGGGGGCUGGAGGAGGGAAUGGAAGGUAAACAGGAGCCUGAGAAGCUCUGGGAGAAAGCUGGGCGCAGGUUCUGCUUAGUCUUUCCCUUUCUUAACCCCUGCCCCUGCCCACUUUGCCCUGUGAACAGACCACACUCUCCUGCUGGAGUUUCUAGCCGGAGGGGUGGCCCCUUAGGUUCUGAGGGGGCUGGGUCUGCACUGGUUCUGUUGUGCGUCACCUCCCAGACUCUCGGGUUGAGGGCCACCCCAGCCAGAGUGGCCAGCCUUUCCCUGACUGCUUUCCCCAGGUGCCUCCGAGAAUCCCCCGACACCGGCCCUGGCCGGGGAAUGAAGGUAUCGAGCUUUGGUAGUCGCCGCUCGAGGCCCACAUCCCGCUGAGUCUAACAGGUAUUGCUGGGCCCUUGCUCUUUAGCCUUGUGCUGUGUAAUCAGAAAUGAGUAAGGCACAGUUCUUGCCCUCACUGAUCGGUGGAGACAGGUGUGUAAUUGCAUGCAAUGCACCGCAUCGCUGCAGUAGUUAGAAGUGUGUGCGAAAAGUAGUCUAGACUUGGAGUGGGCGAAUGGGGUGUCUGCCUGCCCAGGCUGAUGACUGGGGAGGUGCAAUGGUCAGGGAAGCCUCCAUUCAAGCCAGCUUUUAAACUGGAAAAUCUCCAUCAGGUUUUCAAUGGGCAGACUUUGAGAGGAAGCCCUGUGUCACAGUGGCAUGAAGCCAAUGCUAGGGCAGAAAGGAGUAGAGGGUGGUGAGCAGGGGGUGAGGCUGCAGGGGGAGAUCAGGGCCGAAGCUAACAGGCUAUCACAUACCAGCUGAGAAACUGGGAGGCAGCAGGGAAGAGCCUGUUUCAAACCUCGUCGCAGCUACCCGGUGCAGGGUGGACUAGUGGGCAGAGAUGGAGGCGAGGGGCACUGACAUUGAGGGCAGAGACCUAGAACAGCAGAUGGGCUGAAUUAAGGCCACAGCAGGGGGUUAGAGAGGUUUUAGCCAGCCUUGGGACUGGUUGUGCCUAGAGAGGAAGAGGUGGCACCUCGGAGGCAAGCGGGGGGAAGGACGAGGGGUGUGGAGUUAGGCACUGAGUGUCCUGAACUCACAGGACAGAAAGGGAGGUGUUCAGUGAGAAGUCAGUGUGUAGGCUCCAAGCACAGGGAGCAGAUAGAGUGAAGGAAACCUGAGCUGGUCAGCCUUGGGGGGCUACUCAGGACCAGGAGCCAGGGUUGGAAACAAGGGGCUUCCCUUUCUAACCUGGGGGCAUCUCAGCAGUUAGAGGAAUGGAUUGGACCUGCCAGUAGAUGUGUUUUAGAAGCAUCGGGGUUUCCAAAGGUUUUGAUCCCACUGGUCUGGGUGGGGCCUGGGGCUUGGUUUUAAAGCCUUGGGCUCUGGGCUUCUGCAGUGAGCCAGGUCCCCAUUGCAUUAAGGGAGGGCUGGGCAGGAACCAAAGGCCACACAGCUUUGCCUCAGGCCUAUGGAGAGACUGUCUCCAGCACACUGUCACAUUGUAUUUAUUCAUUCGACAAAUAUGUACUGAGCAUCCACCAGUGUCAGGUACUGGGGUCCUGUAGUCCCUGCCCUCUGAAAGCUGACACUCUAGAGAAGCAGGUUCCAGGAUUUGCCACCUAACUUGAAUCCCUCUGUCCAGCCUCGGGUGGUGGCAGGGCCUCUGGAGGCCCUGGGCCAAGCUGUUCUAAGCUGUGGGGAGCUAAGUGAGAAGUCCCUCCAAGUGCCGUCUGAGCUGGCCAGGACUAAGUGACCACUCGGGGCUCUUUAGCCGACAGGACCUUCCUGGGACUAUGAGAUGUCAGAGACACCAGGUAGUGGUAGUAGCAGGAGAUACGGAGGGGGCUGAGUGGGAAUGGGUGGGGCUCUGGGUGGUGAAGAUUCAGUGGCCAUGACCUCUGCUGAGGGUCUUGUGUGUGCCAGACCUUGGGCAUAUUAUGUACCUCACCUCACAGAUGAGGAAACAGGCCCACAGAAAUUAAGUGACAUGUCCACAUAGCAAGAGGUAAGGUGGGAUUUGAACUGAAAUCUAACUCCAUAGGUCUGUGCCCUUGAACCUUGGGCAAUGACACUAGAACAAGAUGUGGCUUAGCACCUGCUGGCCUACAGUGUCAGUGAAAUGAAACAAAUAAAAACCAAACCUCAGCGUGGAGGUUUCUGGCCUGGUCCAGAGCUGGUGCUGACUCUGAGCCCUGGAACCAGUGCCCUUUGUGAGGCGGCCCUGGGAGCUGGCAGUGGGUUCCAUCCUUUUGCUGGGGGAGGGGCAGGUGGAAGCCAGGAGCCAGGACCUGAGUAGGAGAUGGUUCUCACCAUGCUGGGGGCUCUGUACCCCAGGGCUGGGCUGAGCCUCUUCCUCCUCUACCUCGUCUUGGCAGCUGCACUCCUCCGCCCCCAGCCACUGAGGCCUCAGCGAUCUGUUCCUGAGGAAUUUUCAGCUCCCCUGGAACUCUCACAGCCAUUGUCCGGCCUCGUGGAUGACUAUGGGGUCCGACCUAAGCACCCAUGGCCACGAGGGCCUCGACCCCUCCUCUCCCGAGCCCAGCAGCGCAAACGUGACGGGCCGGACAUGGCUGAGUAUUACUACGAUGCACACCUGUGACGGGAUCCCCUUAUAAAGCUAUUCUGUGCAGCAAAGC